AUGGUUACAGCCUCAUUCAAACCUGUCGAUACCCUCGACUCAUCACCGCAAGCUACGGGUCCGCCUUUCAAGAAACAAAAGACUGGGUCUGAAACUGGCCGCUCAGUUACCGUUACAAACGAAUAUUCGAACAGCCACGUCGCCCUUUCCCCGGAACUUAUCGAAGAUGCUCCGUCCGACUACGCUGCCCGGACAAACCGCAGCGGAAGUCACGGUAGCCGGACGAGCCUCAAGCUGCAAACAGAGGGUGUUAUCGAAUUUCAAAAUGUCCAGGACCUGGGAUUGAGAGACGGCGGAACCCGCCGUUCUAAUAGGCGUCGCCGUUCUCACGGGGGAAGUCAAUCUCCCGGGACCAACACUCCGAGAUACGGACCAAGUAUCGAGCCAGGAAGAGACGAUAUUGACAACUCGGACCGGGACGAGCUUGGGGAGAAGAGCCCACAUUUCUCAAGCGGCCCUCUCCCUCGACGAGCCAACUCAACAAGGCGCAUGGUGGAUGCAGCUGAUUCUGCAAUCCUAGGGAGCCCUGAGAAACGACCGAAGCGCCUACGACGCCAGCUUGAUCCCGAAGAGGAUGAGUUGGCCCUUGGAACGCCCCCCAAUUCCCGCAACCCCAGGCGGGCAGCUUCAAGCUUGGUCAACAAGGGUGGCAUUCAGACAACAGAGCGAAACAACUCCCAAGACCUUGUUAAAAAAGCGCGGGUUAUUGUUCGCCUCGAGAGUGCGCUCUGUCAGCCAAAUCACAGGUAUAUCAGGAAGGGACCCCAGGGAUGGUGCUCUCUAGGCGAAGUGGUCCCCACAGGUGCCAAACACUUACAGCUGUGUGCGUGUUCGACAGAAGGGAAUUUGCUGUCAGAACUGGACUGGCUUGAAAUCACAAAGAGGGUUAACGCCAUCCUGCAUAAUCCCAAAUCCUCAUUUGUCAAAAUCUGUCAGUCAACAACAGUCAAUGUUGGCGCUAACAUGGUUUUCCAAUUCUUUACAGCAGAGGAAGCCCAGAUAUUCGUGCAAUGGGCGAAGGAAAACCUAAGCGCGAAGCAAGUUCCUGUUCCCCAGCAUGACCAGCAGUCAUCGGGAAGCCAAAACGAUGACACGCUCAUGAUAGACGCCCCUCCGGUAUCAUCUCCCCCGGUGAGUCGGUGGACAGAAGACCACCCUGAGUGGUCCAAGGAUUGGCGGGUACCCUUGGUUUUCCAUCGGACGAUAGUAGACAAAGAUGACAUCCCCCGACUGGAUGAAAACCAGUGUUUGAACGACAACCUUCUUGGCUUCGGUCUGCACUAUUUGUUCGAAGAAUACCCGGAGCGGCAUAGCGAGUUGAGGAAAAGGGUGUAUGUGCAUAACACCUUUUUCUACGAGAAGCUCAAGGCUACCAAGUCCAGGGAUAUCAACUACGAUGGCGUCAAAGGAUGGACAUCAAAGGUUGACCUGCUUUCUUACGACUACAUUGUUGUCCCGGUCAAUGAGUACUAUCACUGGUGGGUGGCUAUCAUCUGUAACCCCGGCAGAUUGGAUCCAAACCACCCGCAGCGCUCUACAAACCCAACUAGGGAGGCCAGCAACAGUAAAACCAUUGAGGGCAAAGUGGAUGGCAACGUCGAGAAGCCAGACGACGUUGAAAUGGUAGACAUUGACAACGUACAGUCUAGAGACCAGGGGCAGGAGAUCCAGGCUAAAGAAUCUCGCAAGUCGGCUGAGCGAGUUGAAAUCGACAGCAGCAACAAGGCAGAAAAGGUGAAAAACGCAGUGGUGGACUUGGUAGCCGAGGAUACAGACAACGACCUCGGAGAAAAGCUCAACAAAAUAGCAAAGCCGCCCAAAAAGGAUAUUUCGGAAGAGACCAAGAUCCUUACACUGGACUCGUUGGGUAACACCCAUUAUCCAGCGGUGCAAUCACUCAAGAAAUACCUUCUGGCGGAAUUCGAGGAUAAGAGGCAAACGAAGAUUGAGGAUCCUCGUAAGCAGAUCGGAAUUAAGGCGAGCAACAUCCCAGAGCAGGACAACUUCUCGGAUUGUGGUGUAUACCUGCUUGGGUAUAUCCAAGAGUUCGUCAAAGACCCGGACCAGUUCGCACACUGCCUGUUGCGGAGGGAUAAGCCAGACUGGAGGUUUGACCCUUCCGAACUACGGGAGUAUUGGCGCAACACCAUCUUUGAGAAGCAAAAGGAAUACCAGGCGAGGCAUGAUGAGGAAAAGAGGAGAAAGAAAGAAGAAGCUGCUAGACGCAAGGCUGCUAGCUCAACUCCAUCCGACACAGCGAUGAGUGCUACAGAGAGACAGGUUUCGGAACGCAAUGGUUUGUCCCAUGAUUCUACAGCCGACAACGCUUCUUCCGCGCCUCAAUUUGUUAAACCGCCAGUCGUUUCUCGGAACACAACCCUGAACGUACCUACUCCUGCUCCAAGGCCAACAACUGCCAUCAAGUCACCACCAACAGGCGGAGCUUCUCCAUCAACCGUGACAGUUACCAACCCUGCCGCCGUGGCCGUUGGGAGAGGCGAUUCUAAUGGCCAUAUCCUAGAUCCGGUUGCGCCCAUUCCGCGACCAUCUACUCGGCCUCAGAAAACCGCCGGCAACGUUGUCGUUGAUUUGGAACAGGAGGAAUCUGAGCUCAAGGACGAGGUCCCUGACCUUUUACCUGGUGAGAACCAUCGACCUAGAAGCAAGGAUCACAACCACUCUCCCCGGCAGCCGGUCUCUUCGCAGACUCCUAAAGGAAGUCCUGAGCUCAACUUCAUACCUACUCUGCCCUCCUCUUCUCCGGCUUCUGACAGGCGGACUUCAGGCAUUGCUUUGGAGAUAAGCCCCCAAACGUUCUACUCCAACGUCCCUCAGAGGCCACAAUCACCGAAGUUACAGUCACUGAAGCCGUACUCGCCGAGGCCGCAGUCCCCCUUGGUAGAACGGAAGCGGAAGUCGUCACCAGUGCGUAGAGCAAAGGCAACAUCAACCGCACGUAAGAUGGCGCCUUCACUUGAGCCUAAAGCGCAACCCGCCGCGCCGAUCGAUGUUUUCGAUCCGCCUACCCCUGAAGUUCAAAGACCGAUGACGACUACCAGCAAAGCAAAGGUCGAGAAGAAGAUCGACGACAAGGUUGAUGGUAAGGACAAAAACAACAACAAUCAGGUCAAUCAUAACAAUAAGACCACCUACGGCAAAAGUGACAAGCUCACCCGCCAAAAGUCCAGGAUCCCUAGGAGAGUCGUGGACAACACAGGUGGAAGUGGAAGUGGGAUAGGAAAGGGUCGCCGUGCAGAACAACAGCGGCAACCAUCCCCUACCAAGACUACCUCUAAGGAAAAGGCCAAGUCCGAGAGGAAGGCUGAGACCAAGACCACUGAGGAAAUCCCCGAUUCACCCCCUCCGGCGAUAGUUGUGUCUGACAUCCCCGCCCUGCACAGCGCGGCUAUUGACUUGACUGAUGACAACUGA